CCGGCGCUCCCGGCGUCCGGCGGGCUUCCCGGCGGCGGCGGCGCGGCGCGGGCACUUGGCACCUCUCGCCGGCCUCUCCCGAGCGCGUCUAUGAGCGCAGCGUUCCCGUCGCCGUCUCUGAUGAUGAUGCAGCGCCCGCUGGGGAGUAGCACGGCCUUCAGCAUAGACUCGCUGAUCGGCAGCCCGCCGCAGCCCAGCCCCGGCCAUUUCGUCUACACCGGCUACCCCAUGUUCAUGCCUUACCGGCCGGUGGUGCUGCCGCCGCCGCCGCCGCCGCCCGCGCUGCCCCAGGCCGCGCUGCCGCCCGCGCACCCCCACCACCAGAUCCCCAGCCUGCCCACCGGCUUCUGCUCCAGCCUGGCGCAGGGCAUGGCGCUCACCUCCACGCUCAUGGCCACGCUGCCCGGCGGCUUCUCCGCGGCCCCGCAGCACCAGGAGGCGGCGGCCGCCCGCAAGUUCGCGCCGCAGCCGCUGCCGGGCGGCGGCAACUUCGACAAAGCGGAGGCGCUGCAAGCCGACGCCGAGGACGGCAAAGGCUUCCUGUCCAAGGAGGGGUCGCUGCUCGCCUUCUCCGCCGCCGAGGCGGUGCAGGCGUCGCUCGUCGGGGCUGUCCGAGGACAAGGGAAAGACGAGCCAAAGGUGGAAGACGACCCGAAGGGCAAGGAGGAGAGCUUCUCACUGGAGAGCGAUGUGGACUACAGCUCGGAUGACAAUCUGACCGGCCAGGCGGCCCACAAGGAGGAGGACGCGGGCCACGCGCUGGAGGAGCCCCCGGCGAGCGGCGGCGCGGCGGGCGGCACCACGUCCACCGGCAAGAACCGGCGGCGGCGGACUGCCUUCACCAGCGAGCAGCUGCUGGAGUUGGAGAAGGAGUUUCACUGCAAGAAGUACCUGUCGCUGACGGAGCGUUCUCAGAUCGCCCACGCCCUCAAACUCAGCGAGGUGCAGGUGAAGAUCUGGUUCCAGAACCGCCGCGCCAAGUGGAAACGCGUGAAGGCGGGCAAUGCCAACUCCAAGACCGGGGAGCCCUCGCGGAACCCCAAGAUCGUCGUGCCCAUCCCCGUCCACGUCAGCAGGUUCGCCAUUCGGAGCCAGCACCAGCAGCUGGAGCAGGCCCGGCCCUGAGCGCCCUCCCCGCCGCCAGCCGCGGAGAGGCCCAGCGCCCGCAGCUCCUUGGUGGACUCCGCUGCGUUUGAAACAACACUGGGUGUCACAGCCCAGCCCAUUGAGAAUAUACCCACGAAACAGACCGCUUUUGGGGGGCUGAAGCCAGCCACGCCUGCAGAUGCAUUCAGUAUUUAUUGUAGGAGCCUACUUUGUACAUAGCUCUCUAGAGAGACCGGAUCUCGGCUGCAGUAUUUUGGAAAGUCACACGGGACCAAAUGACCAGGAAUGGGCUCCGCUCUCGCUCCCGGAGAAAGCAAACAGCCCGCGAGUCGGCAGCCAUGGCAGCCGCUUUUCCAAAGGUAAACACGAACGCAACGAACACCGGGUCACACUUAUUUUUGUUUCUGUUCUGGAGUUUUAGUUGACGGAAGCAGACGCUGUGGCAGCCUGCAAGUUUGCUUUGCUUUGGCCUGGCUUCCUUUCCCAUCUCCAGCCGUCUCCUGUGUUUAAUUUAUUUCAAUGUAGCUUAUUUUCCUUUAAGUUAUGACAUUUAAGCAAUCUCGAUCUUGUGAAUAAUAAAAAGGAGAGAGGAAAGCAAAAAACAAAAACAAAAAACAAAAACAAAACAAUCAGACCAACCCCUGGGCCUCCGGAGUGUGUCCAGUGGGGGGGGGGGCACUGCCAGGGUGACCCCAGGCUGGCUGGUCUUGGGCCGAAAAGCACCUCGCCUGGGGUUAAGUUGGAUGGGCAAGAGUCCCGGUGGGGUUAGGAAUUUAAGAAAACUGAAUUCUCAGAGAUGCAACCCGCCCCCCUCCGGCGCCCCCAUCCAAGGCCAGAAGGCUGCCCGGCCUCGGCCGGCCGGAGGAGCGGUGGCCAGUGCGGGCACCCGGGGAGCUCCGCACAAACUCCUGGGGCCCUAGAUCGACCGCAGCCAGGCAGGAAGCGCACCUCUGCGCCCACAGCCCAGACCCGAAAAGCCGCGGCGUGGCUUCUCCCGCAGGGCACGGGCUGCAUC